AUGGCAGUAGAGUUUUUAGUAAACCGGUUGAAAGCCCUUGUGGUUCUUCUCCUGGGAGUAUUUAGGCGAGCUGUGUGUUGUCUUCGACGACGACGAAGAUCAUCCUGUGAUUCUAUUCCCCUGUCAGCAGUCGGUGUAGUGCCUAACAAUUCAAACAAUGCAACUCAACCAGAAUUAGAGCAGUGGGAUCAGUGGGAGGAAAAUCCUGUAGUGGUCGUGCCAGACAGACCAGUUAACACGAUACAAGCUAAGAUCGAACAAUACAGGCAGCAAGCAUCUAAACCACCAGAGCUCACAGAAGAGCAACAAUCAAAUUUUUUUGAGGAUAUGACACCAAAGAUUACCGCACAGAAAAAGGUUCUAGUUAAAGAUAAGGCAUCAGAGAAUACAUCUUGGAAUUCUUCAAAGUUUGCAGUUGUUCAUGAUCCCAUACCAUCUAAUGAAUUGGGAGAAUGGGAAGACAAUGCUGUUGGAUGGGAAGAAGAAACAACUAAAGAAUUUGGAGACCCUACAAAGACAUUAAGGGAGCAGAAACGAAGAGAAAGAGAACAACGGUUGUACGAACAGCAACAGAAGAGAAACGAUCGUAAUGCAAGACCUCAACCAUUAGGCGCGAAACUAAACUAUUGAUAAAAAAAGAACUUUAUCGAAAGUAACAAAUUUCCAUCUAAUGGCGUCCGUGCACAAAUGGAACGUCGAUUAAACUUGAGAAAAUCAAAGGAGAUCAUCGUUUACAUUAAGAGUAAUUUAUUAUGAGUUUCUGUAAAAUUAUCGGGUCGUAUUAUGUAUAG